AGGUGAGCACAAAAUUAUUUAAUUUAAGAGAAGGGGGCGAGCUCUGAGAAUGAAUGGGGAGGGUGCAGCAGAGGGAGGGAGAGAGAGGAGAUCUCCCCCUCCUCGACCGUCGGAAACAAAUUUUUGGACCAUGGAGGAUAGAACAAGACAAUCGAUUGGUCAAUGCUAUGACGAGGGGGUGGUCCAUUUAGUAGAUAACGUGGGAGAGGUAGUGAUCGAUGAGAGAGGGAAGCGCUUCAAAGUAAACGAGUCCUUCGAUGCGAUCAAGGAGCGAUGGUUGAAGGAGCGAACGGUCAUCUUUAUUUUCCAGGAUGUUGCCCGAGAUCUUAACAGAAGUGUUAAAGAAGAUCUAAUUAGGGCGCAUGAAGAUGGUUGGAUGGCCAGACGUCUGUUCGAUCCGAGUGUGAGAAGGGGUAGAGUCAAAUUUGAAAGCCCGAACGUGGUCUCUUACGUGGCAAAAGCAGUGGAAGUGGCUAAUUGGCUAAUCCAGAAGAGGACGAUCAAGUUGAAUUUGAGGGGAGUGGAGUAUUCGGUGCUGGUAAAACCAUGGAUGACGAAGCUGGAGUUCCUCUGGACGCUAUGUGGCGACUUCAUUCACCCACGCGUGGUGAAGGAAGCCCGCUUACCCACGACAGGGUCUCCGACUCCAAUCUCCGUUACCCUAGGGGAUGACAAGACCCAGCGCUUCUUCGAUCAGACGGUCAUCGACCUCCCCUUCUUCCUCACUCUCGAGCCGACUGAUCGCUCCCCGGCGUCUCGUCGCCACCGCUCCUCUGCACAUUUCGAUGUGAUGGAGACGGGGUACGACUUCAUUCUCGGCACUCCGUGGUCUCGUCGGUUCCGCAGCACCGAGGCCGAUUGGGCGACCAACACUCUCGUUCUCAAAACGAAGUGUGGACAAACGUAUUGCAUACCUUUCAUAGGUACCACGGCGACACCACGCCCCGAUCCUCCUCCCCCGGAGCCUUCAGUGCCCACAUCAUCUCCCUCUAUCACGGUCACCUCGCCUCGGCAGUUCGCUCACUUCAUUCGACAGGACAACGUCACCUUCUUUAUGGUGGAUGUGACGGAUCUCUUACAAUAUGAUCCACCCUGUCCCGACGCCGAGCUCAUCCCUCUGGAGCCAAAUCCUCCCUCUAUCUCCAUGGCUCCCAUCUCUACUUCCGUCCCUCCGCCGCCCGUCGAGUCCACCACGCCGUCGCGCGCUGACGCUGACGCUGACGCUGAGGAACUUGCACGAUAUACGGCUGACUUGGAGCCCGCAGUUCGUGACCUCAUUCGAGAGUACCACGACGUUUUUCCAUUGUCGUUCUCGUACGCCGGCAUCCCACCGAUGCGUGACGUCGAGCACUCCAUUCAGCUUGUGCCUGACUAUUGUCGGACGAAACUCUCCGUCUCUGCAUCGACUAUCGCGGUCUCAACCGCUACACGGUUAAGAGCAGCUANACCCGUCCUCUUUGCUCGCAAAGCGGACGAAACUCUCCGUCUCUGCAUCGACUAUCGCGGUCUCAACCGCUACACGGUUAAGAGCAGCUACCCCAUGCCUCGUUCCGAUGAGCUGUUCGACCGCCUAGCAGGCAACCGCUUCUUUACGAAGAUUGAUCUUCGUAGCGGUUACCAUCAGAUCCGCGUCGCUGCAGCCGACCAGCCGAAGACCGCGUUCCAAUCGCGAUUCGGCCACUACGAGUUCACGGUGAUGCUAUCUGGCCUCACUAAUGUUCCCGCUACCUUUCAGAGGGCGAUAAACGACAUCUUCAGGGACAUCCUGGAGCAGUACGUUCUCGUCUACCUCGACGAUAUCAUGGUCUACAGUCGUACCCUUGAGGAGCACCUCAGACACCUCCGAGACGUCCUUGACCGCUUGCGCAGACAUGGCUUCUACGCCAAGCUGAGCAAGUGCCGCUUUGCCCAGCACAAAGUGAAUUUCUUAGGACACUACAUGUCUGACCAGGGUCUCCACAUGGACGACGCGAAGAUCACUGCUAUUGCGGAGUGGCCCGCCCCCACAUCCGCCAAGCAGCUUCGCAGCUUCCUAGGCCUGACCAGCUAUUAUAGUAACUUCAUCCGGGGAUACGCUAGGUAUUCCUACGUCCUUACCUCCACCCUCCUCCGGAAGAACCCACCUUGGGCUUGGACACCCCUCCACGAGGACGUCUUCCGCGCCCUCAAGAAGGCGGUGACAUGCGCACCGGUUCUUCACCUACCUGAUUUUGAUCGCCCUUUUAUCCUUACCACCGAUGCGUCUGACUUUGUUGUAGGAGCAGUGCUUUCUCAGAUAUUCCCCUCCUCUCCCGAUUCCUCUCAUCCACGUAUCCCUCGUUUCCCACCACCUACCCCUACCACUGCUUCCCGACUGACGCCUACUCGUCCAGCUACUGACGAGCCUCCUAUUGACUAUUCUCCUACCAUCGUCGAGGACGGCACUGUCGAGACUCGCUCAGGUGAUUGUCCGAUAGCCUUCUACUCCCGUCAGCUCCUGCCCGCCGAGAUAAACUACACUGCUGAUGAACGUGAGGUUCUCGCAGUAGUUUAUGCCGGUCGGCACUGGCGUCACUACCUGCACGGGGCACCAUUCACGGUGCGCACGGACAACUCUGUUGUCCAGGCUUUUCUGACUAAGCCAAAACUCACUCCUCGACAAGCUCACUGGUGGCGCUACCUAUCCGAGAUUAGUUUCACCACUGAGCACAUCAAGGGUGAGACUAAUCAAGUCGCAGAUGCCCUAUCCCGGCGCCCUGACCACGACCAGGAGCACAUCCAGCUCUCUUCCAUGUCGGUCACCACCGUCCACCACUCGGUGAUCGACGAGUUUCGCACUCAGUACUGCCACUGCCCCGACUAUCAUGACAUCCACGCGACCCUUCAGAGUGGCAAGACCGUCCUGAACUACUCUCUCGGGGACAACGGUCUUGUGUACUGGCACGGUUCACAGGGCACCAGAGAGCCCCGUAUUUCCGUUCCCUCCACUGGACAGCUACGUGUCCAAGCAGUACCAGAGUUCCAUGACCAGGCAGCCGCCGGUCAUAUGGGCUUCCACAAGACGUUGGCUCGUGUGAGCCGCCUGUACGUCUGGCCGAAGCGCAAGGACUUUGUGAAGGACUACGUCGCUGAGUGUCCCACCUGUCAGAAGGUGAACAGUGCGAACCACCUGCCUUAUGGUUUGCUCCAGCCUCUUCCUAUCCCUUAGGGUCGUUGGCAGUCCAUCUCGAUGGACUUUAUCGGUCCUCUUCGUUCUCCGACCCCUCGCGGUCAUGAUGCUA